AUGCUUCCACCAGGCAGUCCAGGGCGUAGAAUAUUGGGAUUCCUUUUUGGCAUCAACAACAAGAUCUACAAUUUGAUGUGGUCUCAUGACAAAGGAAUCCCAACGGAGCAUGUCGACUACACCCUCGUUACAAUGAUGCUUGGCGAUGAGAACGGAGCCAGCGGCCAUCAGCCUCAGAUGGAAAUCUACGCCGACGAUGGCAAAUUGAUCGGGACUCGCUUGACGAAUCGAGACGAUCGGAUUGAAAGGAACAACGACCUGGACGGAUCCAUCUACAAAAUCGAACACAAUGUGCACAAAGACAAGAUGACAACGCCAAAGUACAUCGCCAUCAACCAGUGGAGUUCAGAUGCUGUCUGUGUCUCAGCGAUCCAGGUCUCAAACGGAAAGCUCUCCUCCGUCUUUUACGGCGAUCUCGGAGCCUAUUGCGGACAGAGCUGGUUCUUCAGCCGGCGUCGACUUGACGAAAAGCUCAUGCAUCCAAAGUGCGUCUGGCUGGAUGAAGAUCACACCGUCGGCUUCAACGCGCGAGCUAUAAGCUUCCAUAUCAACGACAUGCUUGGAACACCAGACAAGGUUAAGAUGUACCAGGAGAACUCACGGGACUACUUGUGUAAAAGCACCCCGCGUUUCUCGUUUUGGUAUCAACUUCGGCCAGGAGCAAACUUGCCCAUCUUCAACCCUCCCCUGGAAUACGAGCGCGAUGCAAUAACCGGCCAAGAAGGUCGAGACAAGGAUCCGAGGCGUGCAAUUGACAAAGUCAACUGGGACAAGAUGGCCUACCAUGACCCACAGCCCGUUCGAAGGCGUUCGUUGACGGCGGCCGAACGAAGGGCCAAAAGAGAGAAGCUAGCCAAGAGGCAAGGUACAAACCCGGACAUCACCCAUCUCAUCGUCACCCGCGCCGAAGAACAUGCAGCGUCUUUGGUUUGCAACAGCACAACAUCUUACGGCCAUGACGUGGUUUCGCUUCGGGAGAAGACUUACUGCGACAUGACUGUCAAGCGACUCUAUCAUCUUUGCGACGACAUAUUCAGGGCAAACUGUUUUGACGUUGAAAGAAUGAUACUCAUAGGUCACGGUGGAAUCAAUGCUCGUGGGGAAGUCUCCGCUGUCGGUGUUCCUGAGAAGCGGUACUUAACAGCAUCUCAAUGGGAAGAGUGA